AUGAUUGAAUUGUAUGCCGCAAAUAAAAACAAGGCGAAAAGGCAUCCACGAAGUUCUAUCUCCCAAGAGAAAAAAACCAAGAACCUAUGCCAUGUCCAAUCUUUCAUGUCGCCACCACAACCACAACCUAAAUCAAAACAAAACCCAAAUCCUACAAAAACCCUUAAACAAAAGACAAAAACUCCUCCAACAAGAAACACAAACGCAAAAACACCCCACAACACUGACCUACCUAGUUUUCUUCAAUAUUUCAAAACAAGCCCACAUACAAAACAGUUCCAAAACAUGCAUACAAAACCAGCAAGAGCCUAAAGAUUGAAGUUUUCUUAAUGGGCUCAAGCAUCCAUGGCGUCCCUCUUCCGGGAGCACAGAUGGGCCGCUCAGACAGCAGCGUUUCAGGUAUUAGAGCUCCUCUAACUGUGGAUGAUUCCGACUUUGAAUCUUCUGUUUCGUCCAAGAGUCGUAGUUAUUACAGUGGUAGCGAGCUUGAGGAUUUUGAGGGCGGUGAGGAUAUGUUAGAAGUUUCUGGUGUUGUUGAGGAAGAUGAGGGGAUUGUUGAAGAAACUGAUAUUGUUAAUGAGUUUGUUGUUUCUGGUGAUGCGGUGGUUGGAUUGAGUGGAGAAGUUGUUGAGGGUAGUAGUAGCAACGAGCGUAAAUUUGUUCAAGAAAGUGGUAGUGUAGGUGGGAUGGGUGUUUUUAGGCCUCUUUCUAGAUACCCAAGUGGGAAAAUUUAUAAGGGAGUUGGUGAUUUUGAUGAUGACUCUGAUGAUUCAGGGUCGUUGUUGAGUGAGUCAAGUGAUGAUGAGCUAGUCGAAAAAGAGAAGAAUGGUGCUAAGUUAGGCAGUUCUAGGCCUAUUGUGGCUGUAGUGGAUGAGGAAGCUGAGGAGGUUGAGGAGGGAGAGUUUACACCAGUUAUGGGCACAAGAGUUCUGUCAGCAAGAAAGUUAGCUAUUCCGGUUGCCAAGAUAUCCGGUGACAGCGAUGAUGACUCUUAUGGCAGCGGGGUUUCGGAGGAAGAAGGUUUCUCUGGUGUUGCAAGGGUUCCUGGCAUUAAGGUGUUGCAUAGGAUUGUUAGUGCACCAAAAGUUAGAAUGGUGGAGAGUGAUGAUGAAGGGGAUGAGAAUGAGUCACAAGGUGAAUAUGUUGUGGAAAUGGAGCUUGUUGGGGACUUGCUAGAUGAGAAGGAGCCUAUUGUUGUGGAGAACUCUCUUGUUCAAUAUAAUGGUCUUGAUUUCAAUGAACAAACUAUGGCUCACUCGUUGGCUGUGGACAAAGAGUUUAAUCCCACAUCAGAAUCAAGACAUAAUGGAGGGCUUAUUCAUAUGGAUGAGGAUAUCAAAGAGGUUGAUGUUGUUGAGGAUAGGAAGGAGUGUUUGGAAUUGGUUGGUUUUAGAGAGGCUGCUGACUUUGCUGAGAGCAUAGUUUUGCCCGAAAUAUCUUGUGUUGCUUCGGUUGCAGAAGCUGCAGCUUCCCCAGGCGACAUGGAUUGCAAGAGCAGUAAUAAUGGUUUAGAGGAUGAUUGUAUCUUCAAUCAAAUUUAUGAGAGUGAGAAUGUGGAAAAAAUGAAGCAAGGGAUUGAGCAGACAGUUGAGUCCUUUCGCUCUAAUGCUGACCACGAAAUUAGCUCUGCUCAUCAAUGCGUUGACAUCAAUGAAGAUGCUAGCUCGAUUAGUGCAGUUGCUGCCAGUCAAUUUGUGUUUGAAGAUUCAAAAUUGGAAGAAGAAACUGGGAAAGAAGUUGAAGCCAGUGAACUCUUGCCUAGUGAUGUAGAAGAAUCGAGCUUCUACUCAGACAAUAAGGCUGAAAUGGAUGUGGUACAAGACUCUACUACUCCUCACACAAUAGGGGUUUUACUUGAUCAUUCAGAAGAGAUUGAUAGCGAGGUUCUUGAAGAUUUUCAUGACGAGGUGGAUGCAGAUGGAGGGAUGAGUAAUGGGACACGUAUGAUUGAUCCCGCUGUUCUAGCUGCUCUUUUUGAGGCCGUAAGAAGUGCUGCCUCAGAUGAUGAUGUUAUCAAAGUUGUAUCUAUCGAUGGUGUGGAGAAUUUGUCUCCAGGCAUUGCAGCUAGAACACAUGGUGUGAAUCCUUCCUCGACCAAUGUUGAAGCUUUAAGUGAAAGGGAGAAGGUGAGUAUCAAGAAAAUACAGAACAUACGAGUGAAAUAUCUGCGCCUUCUAGAGAGACUGGGUCGCUCCCCUGAGGAUUCUGUAGCUGCGAAGGUUUUACACCAGCUAACACUUGCUGCUGGAAGUUCCCAUUCGCUAGAAUUCCAUCUCGAUUCCAUCAAGAGUGCAGCCAUGGAACUCGAAGCACAAACAAAGGACAAUUCGGAUUUCCCAUUGAGUGUCUUGAUUAUAGGAAAGACUGGAGUUGGCAAGAGUGCUACUGUGAAUUCCAUUGUGGGGGAGAGCAGUGCUGUAGUUGACGCGUUUGAGCCUGCAACGGCUUGUGUGAGGGAAAUCACUGGCUUGAUCAACGGAGUGAAGCUAAAGAUCUUUGACACCCCUGGUCUUAGAGCUUCUUUGAUAGACCAGUCCAUCAACAGGAAGAUUUUGUCAUCCAUCAAGAAAGUGAUGAAGAAAUCUCCACCUGAUGUUGUCCUAUACGUAGACCGCCUAGACACCCGAAGAGGGGACCUUGAUGAUUUACCUCUUCUGAGGUUGGUCACUUCUUGUCUUGGUUCAUCAAUAUGGAGAAAAUCCAUUGUUACUUUCACACAUGGAGCUGCAGUACCUCCGGAUGGACCCGAUGGAUAUCCUAUAAGCCAUGAGGCGUUCGUUGCUCAGCAGUCGCAGGUUGUUCAACGCCUCAUUUGCCACUCAGCUGGGGAGGCAGAGCCACUGGUGAUGAAUUCUGACUCAGUGCUUCCAGUCUGUGUUAUUGAAAACGCGGAAAGGAAUGGACACGGAGAAACGGUGUUGCACAAUGGAGAGAGAUGGAGAUCUCAGCUGCUGCUAUUGUGUUGCUCGAUGAAGAUUCUAUCAGAAGUGAGCUCCGUGGUGGCAACUCGGAGCCCGUUGGACUGUGGGGAGCCAUUUGGAUUACUGAGCCGUUCGCCUCCUCUAUCUCACUACUUGUCUUCAUUCUUGAAAUCCAAUGUUCAUCCAGAGCUAUCAAGUGAUCAAAGUGGUGACAUUGUUGGAUCAGAUGUUGAGCACGAUAAUCUUGCCCCGUUCAAGCCACUCAACGCCUCACGGAUUGCUAAACUCAGCCGGGACCAAAGGGAGGCGUAUAGGGAGGGGGAAGAUUUAGAAUCAGGGGUAGUUCCCUUAGCAGACAUGGCACUCCCACCUUCCUUUGAUGGAGACGAACCUUCUUUCAGAUACCGCGUCUCAGAACCCUCCUCCCGUCUCCUCACAAGGCCGGUUCUCACCCCCCACGGAUGGGACCAUGACUGCAGCUACAAUGGCCUGCUCAUUGAAGACAGAAUCAACAUUGCUAAUGGCCUUCCAGCCAUUAUCUCAGCUCAGCUCACAAGCGACAAGAAUGAAUUCAAAAUCCAGCUGCAUUCAUCAAAGCAUGGAGGUAAAGGAUCAAUCAAAGGCGAAGCCAAGAUCAAGAACUUCAGAAAGCACAGAGCAGCAACCAUCAAAGUUGAGGACCGCGUUGCAGUUGGGGAACGAGCAUACUGUGUAAACUUGUUCUUCAAUCAAGACGAGAGCUCAAUGGGAAUAUCUGCAAUGAGAUGCGGAGAUGAAGUUGUUUAUGGCUGCAAUGUGAAUUCUUGCAUCUCUAUCAACAGGGGAUCCAAGCUAGGCAUCACAGCUGCUCUGGACAACAGGCUGAGGGGCAAGAUUUGUAUCAAGACGAGCUGCUCGGAUCAGCUUCAGAUCGCGGCUCUGGCUCUCGUUCCAAUCGCCAGAGCUGUGAUCAAGAGGUUUCUUCGACAGCCCGGUGAGGAUUGAUGCAGAUGUGAAGGUAGUUGAAGUUAGAGAGAGAAGGUGCCACCGGUUCUUGGAAAGAAAAACUAGUGUUUGUUGCAAGUUAUUUUUUGCAUUUUGAUGAUAUGUGUAUAUAGUGAAGAGAUAAAUGUGGCUUAGCUCAAUGGGGUGGAAGAAAGCGUUGAUGUUCA